AUGUCUUCCUAUAACACCAAAGACCCUGGGGAGAAGGGGAGCAGGAAGAUCAGUCCUGAUGAUCAUGAGCGGAACAAACUAGCAUACACAGUGACAGACGUACCACCGUGGUACUUGUGCAUCUUUCUUGGUGUCCAGCAUUACCUGACAGCACUGGGGGGUAUUAUCGCCAUCCCCCUAAUCUUGUCCAAAGACCUGUGCUUGACCCAUGACCCUCUGACCCAGAGUAACUUGAUCAGCACCAUCUUCUUUGUCUCGGGGAUUUGCACCCUCCUGCAGGUUCUGUUUGGGGUCAGACUUCCGAUCUUACAAGGAGGAACUUUUGCCUUCCUAACGCCUUCCCUCGCCAUGCUGUCCCUCCCACGGUGGAGAUGCCCAGAGUGGACCCAGAAUGCCAGUUUAGUGAAUGCCACGUCUCCUGAAUUUAUUGACAUUUGGCAGUCAAGGAUAAGGGAGGUUCAGGGGGCCAUCAUGGUCGCAUCUUGUUUCCAAAUAUUCAUUGGGUUUUCUGGUCUGAUUGGCUACCUCAUGCGAUUCAUUGGACCACUGACUAUCGCACCUACUAUCAUGCUAAUCGCACUGCCUCUCUUUGAGUCUGCUGGCUAUGAUGCUGGGGCACACUGGGGGAUAUCAGCCAUGACCACAUUCUUCAUAGUACUGUUCUCUCAGUACCUGAGGGAUAUUCCAUUACCAUUUCCUUAUUACUCUAAAAGUAAUGGAAAGUGGCAAUACUCCAGGACCUACAUCUUCCAGAUCUUCCCGGUCCUCUUUGGCAUCUCAAUCUCCUGGCUGAUUUGUUAUAUCCUGACCAUCACCAAUGUCUUUCCAUCCAAUCCGCAAACAUAUGGGUAUUUAGCUCGAACAGAUGUGAAAGGGAAUGUAGUGUCUCUUGCCCCGUGGUUCCGCUUCCCUUACCCAGGUCAGUGGGGCAUGCCUACCGUAAGUCUGGAAGGAGUGUUUGGUAUUUUGGCUGGAGUUGUCUCAUCCAUGGUGGAGUCAGUGGGUGAUUACUAUGCUUGUGCUCGUCUUUCGGGGGCACCUCCUCCUCCCAAGCAUGCCAUCAACAGAGGAAUUGGUAUAGAAGGCAUUGGUUGCCUGCUGGCUGGAGCUUGGGGCACCGGGAAUGGCACCACAUCAUACAGCGAGAACGUUGGUGCUUUGGGAAUCACAAGGGUUGGAAGUCGGAUGGUCAUUAUUUUCGGAGGGAUAGCGAUGCUUCUACUGGGCAUGUUUGGUAAAAUUGGUGCCAUAUUUGCCACUAUACCGACUCCAGUAAUCGGUGGGAUGUUCCUGGUGAUGUUCGGGGUAAUUGCAGCAGUUGGGAUGUCCAAUUUGCAGUAUGCCGACAUGAACUCCUCCAGAAAUAUAUUUAUAGCUGGAUUUUCCAUAUUUUGCGGCCUGACCAUUCCAAACUGGGUGAACAAAAAUGCUGAACUUUUAGAAACUGGAAUCAUUGGGUUAGACCAAGUGAUCCUCGUUCUGUUAACUACAGGAAUGUUUGUCGGAGGUUCCCUAGGCUUCAUACUAGACAACACCAUACCAGGUAACCGAGGUUUAGCACUAAAGAAGACCUGUCUAUGA